AUGACGUCCCCUUUAAGUUUGGACUUUCGAGAUGUUGAGCCGGCAGAGCUUCCAAAGUUUCCGCCUCUCCACCACAGCCCCGUGCAGAGCACAAACGAGAAGAGGCCGAAUUCUGGUACCGAUUUUGGGGAUGACGAAGAAUGUACAGCCAAGCCAUUUCAGCGAACAACGAGUCCGAAUUCAGACAUGAAGCGGAACAAGGGCGCCGAAUAUGAGAAAGUCGGAGAUCGGGGCGUCUGCCAGAUGCACAAAUACUCCUUAUACGAGACGGCGACACGAUACUAUGUUGUUGGAGCAGAUGUCAUGGACAGACGGUUUCGAAUCUUGAAGAUUGACAGAACGGCAGAUGCCGGAAGUCUGAGCAUAGCUGAGGACGAAAUUGUGUAUACCAAGAAAGAAAUGAGUCAAUUGCUCAAUGCGAUCGAUGAUGGGAAUAAGAGUACAGGAGGGAUGAAGUUGCGAUGCAGUACCUGGGGCUUGCUUGGGUUCAUUCGUUUUACCGGAUGCUAUUACAUGCUUCUUAUCACCAAGAGAAGUCAAGUGGCUAUGAUAGGAGGUCAUUUCACCUAUUCUGUUGAUCACACUGAGCUCGUUCCCUUGACUACAGGCGCCGCUUCUAGAUUCAAGCCAGAUGCCAAGAAUUCAGAAGAAGCCCGGUUUUUGAGCAUUCUCAGCAACCUGGAUCUGACUAGGUCGUUCUAUUUCAGCUAUUCCUAUGAUAUUACACGAACAUUGCAACACAAUAUAAUAAGAGAGCGAGCUGCGGUAGCAAAAGGCACACCAUACCCCCAUGCUCAUGAUUACAAUUCUAUGUUUGUGUGGAACAGCUAUCUCUUGCAACCUGCCAUUGCUGCAUUGAAGAAUACCUACGAUUGGUGCCUUCCUGUGAUACAUGGAUACAUUGACCAGUCUGCACUCUCGAUAUAUGGUCGUUCUGUGUAUAUCACGAUCAUUGCACGGCGAUCUAGAUACUUUGCCGGUGCUCGCUUCUUGAAGCGUGGUGCAAAUGAUCUGGGAUACGUCGCCAACGAUGUUGAAACGGAACAGAUUGUCUCAGAAGUACUGACAACUUCCUUUCAUGCUCCUGGACCAAAGCUUUUUGCGAAUCCAAACUUCACCUCGUAUGUGCAGCAUCGAGGCAGCAUCCCGUUAUACUGGACUCAAGACAAUACUGGAGUCACUCCCAAGCCGCCGAUUGAGUUGAAUCUAGUCGAUCCUUUCUAUGGUGCGGCUGCAUUACAUUUUGAUAACCUCUUUGAACGAUAUGGCACUCCAGUUUAUGUUCUGAAUCUGGUGAAAGCCAAGGAGCGAACACCAAGAGAGUCAAAGCUCUUGCAUGAAUACACGAAUGCUAUAAAUUAUCUCAAUCAGUUCCUUCCAGCUGAUAAGAAGAUCAUACACAAAGCUUGGGAUAUGAGCCGGGCUUCGAAGAGCCGAGAUCAAGAUGUGAUUGGGACGUUGGAGAACAUUGCCGAAGAAGUGGUGACCACUACGAGCUUCUUCCAUAACGGUGAUGGCAGAACCUCGAUGCCGAGAGUUCAAAAUGGGGUUGCCAGAACGAAUUGCAUCGAUUGUCUCGACCGAACCAAUGCUGCACAAUUCGUCAUCGGCAAGAGAGCUCUCGGCCAUCAAUUACAUGCUCUAGGUAUUAUUGCUGAUACUUCAAUCGAUUAUGACACAGACGCUGUCAAUCUGUUCACUCAUAUGUAUCACGACCAUGGAGACACUAUCGCAGUACAAUAUGGUGGCUCGCAAUUGGUUAAUACGAUGGAGACUUAUCGCAAGAUUAAUCAGUGGACAAGUCACUCUCGAGACAUGGUGGAGAGCUUCAAACGCUAUUACAACAACUCAUUCCUUGAUGGUCAGCGUCAGGAAGCAUACAAUCUCUUUUUGGGCAACUAUAUCUUUGCCCAAGGUCAACCUAUGCUCUGGGACCUUGCUACCGAUUACUAUCUCCAUCACGCUGAUCCUAGAUCUUGGUCAGGUAAAGGUCGACGGAGCUACAUCAAAUGGUACACACCAGAAUUCCUCGAGAAGCGUGUACUAGGAAAACAUGUCGACCCAUGUGGCCCUACAGCGGGUAAGCCGCUGGGUUAUUUCGAUGACUACUGGCUUGAGUAUUAUAAACCCCUUGCCCUGUCUUCAACCAUGAAGAUCUUCUCAUACAUGGGGAAGAUGAAUUCGACGCUUCGUUACAUCCCAUUCCGCUCCACCCAAGAAGGUCGCUACGACCUCUCGCCAUUCAAGGUCCGCACAGAACUCGACCAGGAAGUUCCUGAUCGGAAGAAACCCAAGAAAGAAGUGACAAUUGUUGACCCCUCGGAAGAAGGCGCAGACGAUGAUGGCCUCUCCAUCAAAUCUGGCGUGACAGUCAACACAAAGCGAAUUAGCAUCCAACGUUGGCUCCAACCCAUCCACGAGAAGAACGAUACUCAUCAUGGAAUCAUGAAAGAGUCACAGCAACCAGAACCAGAACCUCCAAAGCAGAAAUUGACUCCAUUGGACAAGAGUAAAGCGGCACAGUGGACAUUCACACAAGUCGUACACGAAUCUCUCAAUCCUUCGGUCUCUGCCCAAGAAACAGACGACUACGCUCGUUACAUCUCACAUCCUCAAACCCUUCCUCUGGUCGUCUCAACCGAAGUUCCAGCCGAGAUCGAUGCCGAGUAUCUCGACUACGUGAACGGCUCAUGGCGUGACAUCGGGAUCGUGAGUGAGGAGGCAUUAAAUGGUGGAAAGGGAAUGGGACCUGGAAUGGAGGAAUUGGAUGAAUACAGGGAGUUUUUGAGAGUAGCGGAGAAUCCGUUGACAGUCGUCGAAGAGGAUUUCACGAAGAAGAGGUUCAAGACUUAUAGGAAAUGGCUGUUGGGCAAGAGUCUUUUCAAACAGCAGCCUAUUGAUUGA